AUGAAUGUGUUUUUACGUUCCAUCAGUAAAGAUGAUAACGAACAACUAACACGACAAUCAAAAACAGCAUUUAAUCGAUUUUUAUCAUUUAAUGAACAUACAUUAUUGUUAAUUGAAGAUCAUCAUUGUUUACUCCAAGUAUUGACAUCAAGGUCUAUUGAAGAAAUCAAAUAUAAUCUAAACGAAAAUCAUUCUAUUUCUUUUUCUUACGUGUGUCAACAAUGCUUAAAACACUUUGCUAGUGGCUACGGACUUGAUUAUCAUAUUCAUAUGUCUCAUUCACAUAAAUCCAUCUAUUGUCCAGAUUGUAAUACAAAAUUUCGUUCACAUCGUGCACUUAAAAAUCAUCAACAACGUUUUCAUUUAACUUAUUCUCAAGAUAACCUACCAGAUUAUAGUUAUAUAUCGUCAUAUUUAGUUACUGCUUUUUCUACACAACAAUUUCCAUUUAUAACUAAAACUGCCUGUGAACAAAAACGUUUACCAUUGGGUGAUUUAUCAUCAAAAUUAUUUCAAUGUCAUCAAUGUUUUUUAUCAUUUCCAUGUUCAAGAACACUUGAAUAUCAUUUAUUAAAUAAACAUGAACAAUAUGAAUAUAAUCUUUGUCGAAAUAUUCUUUAUGAUAUUGUUUUACAAGUUGAACAAAACUUAACUAUAAAUGUUGCUUCUUCUGAUGACGAUAGUAUUGAAUCAAUAAAAUUCUUAUUAUCUAAACAAGCAUCUAGUUUUGGACUUAUUGAUAAACAAUUAGUUAAAGAAUAUCAUCGCAUAAAACAAGAACAAUAUGAUUGUAUAUUUCCUUCAUGUCAACAUGAAAAUCGAACAUGUGCUAAUUUAUGCUUAGAACAUCUUUCAUCCUAUAAUAAACUUAUAAAAAAUUAUCCAUAUAAGAUAGCAAUCACACCGAAAGGUACUCCAUUUGUACAUGGUUCCAUUGUAUCGAAAUUGGUAAAUAAAUCAACGGUGAAUAAUAGUCCAAUAAUAUCUAAAGAAAGUUUAAAUACAAAUCAAAAACGUUUAUCGUUGAAACGAGUUAUAUCAUCGUUCUCCGAUGAUUUAUCAUCGUCACCAUCGAAGAAAAAACUUCUUUCAACUAUUGACCAACAAGUUAAAACGAAUGAAACAAAAGUGGCUGCCGGUGAACAAUCCUCAUCUACUUUAAUUUUGUCCACAAAAAUCUUAACUAAAACUAAGCCUACCUUUGCACGUUCAUUGUCUUCUAUGUCAAGUAAUUCAUCAGUAUCAACUCGAACAUCUUCAAAAAACUCACGACAACAAUCUACAACGGCAUUAAAACGUAGUAUAUCACCAACAAUUACUCUAGCAGUUGAACGAUCAGCAGAAAAACGUCGCCGACAACGUGAGCUACGACGGGCAAAACAUUCACUAUCACCUACUGCUAUUACGACAACUAUGGAUGAUAUGGAACAAGAGAAUGAUGAUGAUGAUGAUGAUGCUAGUGAUGAUAAUCUUACUCCUAUGCAAAACUAUCAAUCCAAACAAAAAAAUCUGCAUAAACAACGACAAGCAUCUAGCAGUUCGGUUGAAUAUGUUCAAAUAUUGAAUCAUGAUCAACAAUCGAUACCAUCAUUGAAUAAUAUUGAAAAUUUGAACGAAAAAUCCAAAAUAAACGAUGAAGAAAUUAUUAUAUGCCAUUCACCACCACAAAUGAAAAGAACUAUUCCAUCCUCGAAUAGGAAACAUUCAGAAAAAUCUGUAAAUGGCAAUGUUACUUACAAAUCUAAUGGUCAUCAGCCAUCCGAUUAUGACGAAAAUGUACGUGUUCGCUGUAAAAUAUGUGGUGAUAUUCUUCAAGGGAGAAGUCGUUUUUCAAAACAUGUAUUGACAAUGCAUUCGCAUCUUGUAAAAAAUAAUAUAUCGACUAUAAAACAACAGCCAACGACGAUAGUUCGAUGA